AUGAAGAAUAAGGUCCAUGUUAUUGCUGGUUCUGCUAAGCGGUACUCACAAAUCCAUGAGAGUGGCAUGAAACUCGAAAUCACUUUCUGUGGUGAAUGCGGAUGCACUAUCUACAAAACGCACGAGUCUUUCCCUGAGAGUAUCAUUAUUCUUGCGGGAACACUGGAUAACCUAGAUGGCCUUGAAGAGUCGACACCUGAGCAGGAAUUAUUUGUAAAGCACCGUGUUUCGUGGCUGUCGAGCUUAGAUGACGCCGAACAGAAAUUGGAGUUCUAA